UAUUCUCUAUAAAUCCUCCCAUUAUCCCGUAAACUCUCAAACUCUCAAAUCUGACUACAUACACAUACACAUACUAAAACUCAAUCAAUGGAUAUCCCCACCGCCUCCAAUAUCCUCGGAACACUAGGCGCAAUAUGUUGGUCCAUACAAGUUCGUGUCUCCGACAUAUCCCAUACACCCUCCCUCAAACUCAAACUCAAAUCCCAAUCCCAAUCCCAAUCCAACUAACCCCCAUAGAGCUCAUCCCCCAAAUAAUCCUCAACUACAAACGCCACCAUACAAUUGGUCUUCAACAAUCUAUGAUGAUGUUAUGGGCAUGUGCUGGUGUUCCCCUGGGCGCUUUUAAUAUCGUGUCGCGGUUGAACGUUGCGCUUUUGGUGCAGCCGCAGAUAUUGAGUGUGUUGAGUUUGGUUACUUGGGGUCAGUGUUGGUUUUAUGGUGGGGUGGGUGUGCUUUUUUAUUAGACUUUCUUCUGUUUUUUUUUCGGUGUGAGAUUUGGGGAGGGAAGGGAGACAGGGAGAUAGAGAGGAGGAAGAAGAUGGAUUACUGAGAAUUACUGACUAUGUGGUGUAGGGAUGGAGUUUGAGGAAGUGUGUUGUGAUCACCGGGUUGAUUGGAAUGGUUUUUGCAGGUGUGGAGGUAGCGUUGGUUGAAGGGUUGAAGGUAAGAUGCUAUCUAUCAGCUUAAAUGAUUAUUCCUACUCACAUUUACAACUGGGCUAGUCAACGUCGAGAUCUCGAAUGGCCUGUCAUUUUAAUGGGUGUAUUAUCAGCUGUUCUCUUGUCUGCAGGGGUUUUGAGACACUACUAUGACAUCUACACCCAUCGUACUGUCCGCGGUAUCUCAUUCAUUUUUGUGGGCAUUGAUGCAGCUGGAGAUGUUUUCUCUCUAGUUUCCAUUUGUAAGUCUUUGUCUCCUUGAUCGUCUAUUCCAAUCAAUAUUAACACCUCAGUCUUCCAACCACAUCUCGAUAUACUUGGCAUAGUGAUAUAUGCAUCCGAGUUUAUUCUAUGGUGUGGAGUCUUUGCUUGCGGAGGAUAUUUUAAUCUUCUGCCUUGGAUAAAAAGCAAAAAUCAAAUGAAACGGGAGAAUGAAUUCGGAGCUGAUGUUGGAAAUGGAACGACUGGAAAUGCGAUAGCAAUUGAAGAAGGAAUUUCACAUGAUAUUGAACUAGAAAGGAUGGAUU